AUGAGAGGGAUUUUGGGUGUGACGGACACGGAGGACAUCUCUCUGUCCGACUUGAGCCUCCAGCCGACCAGCCUCCUCCCCGCAGCGACGAUCGGAAUGGCCGACAUCGUGCAGAGACCCAAGGCCGCCGUCAUCGUCACCUCCAUCUCCAGCCCCUCCAUUUUGGACAGCCCUCCCGGUUUCCACGGCAACUUCAAACUCGCCAAAACGUGUAGCAGCAUCGCCAAGGACCCUCUGGACAUCGCGCGGUUAGAGGCCACAGCUUUACCCUAA